UGCCUGAAGGUCUUCGGCUCAGCUGGCUGAGUUAGAGGGUUGCAGCCUCUGCAGGAGGUGGCUGCUGUGCUCCCACCAGAGAGGCUUUUGCUUCUCAGAUAGACUGCAUCCACUCAGAAAGCGGAGAAAAGAGGCCCUUGGAAUACAAACCCGGUUAUUCCCUCUCUGCCUUCUUGCCUUCAGAACAGAGCGCCCGAGUGUAACUCUUCUGCCUGGAAGACAAGACAAUGCAGUCCUUCCUUGGCUCCUCCGGCCAGCCAGGGCUGCUCCUGCUUUGGCCAAGGAGGGAGAGGCUGAACAGGCGGAACAGUCCCCGCUCUGCCCUCUGAGGAAGCACCAGGUGAUGACCUGUCCCGGGAAGAAGAGAUAGCAGUUUCUGGAAAACCCUUCAGGGCUUCGACUGCAAAGGCAGCGUGGAGAAUCAGGCAACCACGAUGCCCGACUCGCCGGCCGACGUGAAGACACAGUCCCGCUCCUCACCCCCCAACAUGCCACCACCAUCACCAGCGGUCUCCCAGGGAGCCACGCGGCACCCCACCUUCACCUCAAACCCCAAUCGUGACGCUGGGCCGCCGAUGUUUCUCCCUCGCGGCCGAUUUCAUGGUUGCCUGAAAUGGUCCAUGGUGUGCCUCUUGAUGAAUGGGAGCAGUCAUUCUCCAACGGCCAUCAAUGGAGCCCCCUCCACGCCCAACGGCUUCAGCAACGGGCCGGCCACAUCCUCCACGGCUGCCCUCUCCAACCACCAGCUGCCUCCGGCCUGCGGCGCUCGCCAACUCAGCAAGCUGAAGCGCUUCCUCACCACCUUACAGCAGUUCGGCAGCGACAUCUCUCCGGAGAUAGGGGAGCGGGUUCGAAUGCUGGUGCUGGGCCUCGUGAAUUCCACAUUGACCAUUGAAGAAUUCCAUUCCAAGCUCCAGGAGGCCACAAACUUCCCCCUGCGCCCUUUUGUCAUCCCGUUCCUGAAGGCCAACCUGCCCCUGCUGCAACGGGAACUUCUCCAUUGUGCCCGCAUGGCCAAGCAGAGCCCCGCCCAGUACUUGGCGCAGCACGAGCAGCUCCUGCUGGACGCCAACGCCUCCUCGCCCAUCGACUCCUCGGAGCUGCUGCUGGAGGUCAAUGAAGGGGUCAAAAGGCGGACGCCAGACAGGACCAAAGAGAAUGGCUUGGACCGCGACUCCCUGCAUCCUGAGCACCUCAGCAAAAGGCCUUGCACCCUGAGCCCUGCCCAGCGGUACAGCCCCAGCAACGGGCUCAGCCAUCAGCCCAAUGGGCUGCCCCACCCCACCCCUCCUCCCCCCCAGCACUAUCGCCUCGAGGACAUGGCUGUGGCCCACCGCUACCGGGACACCUACCGCCCUCCGGAUCCCCGGGACCUUCGGGAGCACCCCCGGCCAGCUGCCGUCCACAGUUCCCGGCAAGAGGAGGUGAUUGACCACCGGCUGACCGAGCGAGAAUGGGCCGAAGAGUGGAAACACCUCAACAAUCAGCUCCUGAACUGCAUCAUGGACAUGGUGGAGAAGACACGCCGGUCCCUCACCGUGCUGCGCCGCUGCCAGGAAGCUGACCGUGAGGAGCUCAACCACUGGAUCCGCCGCUACAGUGACGCCGAAGACAUGAAGAAGGGGCCGAGCCCUGCCAGCCGCCCCCUCAACAGCACUGCCAACAUCGAGGCACCACUGCUAGAUGCUCAUCGUGAAUUUGUAUCCAGGCCCCUGUCUGGCUACAUGCCGGAAGAAAUCUGGAGAAAAGCUGAAGAAGCCGUGAAUGAGGUGAAGCGUCAGGCCAUGUCGGAGCUGCAGAAGGCUGUCUCGGAUGCAGAGCGGAAGGCCCACGAGCUGAUCACCACGGAGCGGGCCAAGAUGGAGCGGGCCCUGGCCGAAGCCAAGCGCCAAGCUUCCGAGGACGCCUUGACCGUAAUUAACCAGCAGGAAGACUCCAGUGAGAGCUGCUGGAACUGCGGGCGCAAGGCCAGCGAGACCUGCAGCGGAUGCAACACUGCACGCUACUGCGGUUCCUUCUGCCAGCACAAAGAUUGGGAGAAGCAUCAUCACGUCUGUGGACAGACUCUCCAGAGCCUCCAAGCUUCUGUCGGGACGGCCACUUCUGGCCCAGUUGGGCUGCCCGGGGCUCCUGCCCAGCCAGACGGGGUGGCCGUGACCAGUACCCUCCCUGGUGUGGCCCUGGGAGGCAGCUCGAGCGAUCCGGGCUCUGCCACCGUCUCGCGUUCUGGCACGCCGGCAACCCCAGCUCCGCUGGACACCACGUCCCGCUAGGCGAGAGACAAAAGGGAAGAGAACCAUCACUGCUGCUGCUGCUGCUACCACUGCUCUCCAAAUUUAAAAAAAACAAACUAACAGAAAACUGCAUUCAAUGCAAAUCCUCAGCUACCUGACACGUGUUUGACCUCCAGAGCAACCUCUAACUCUACGACAGAAUCCUCAUGAACCCUCAGACCUGGCUUUAAACGGAGUUAAGGCAAGCACCGGGCCUCGUCCGUCCUUCGGAGAUGAUGAUGAUGAUGAUGGUGGUGGUGGUGGAAGACUCAACCUCCAACCCAUAGGAUGUGGGGGAAUUGAAGGUGGGGGUGGGGGUUGUUUUCCUUUCUCUUCUUCUUCUUCUUCUUCCUCCUCCUCCUCCUCCUCCUCCUCUUCUUCUUCUCGGAUGAGGCAUUUGCAGGUAUCCCCACCUCUUGACUUGGGGACAGGGAAGGAAAACGGGACAAGGCUCCCUCCGUCUCCUGCCGAAGGUGCGUUCAUGGAAAUAAAAAGAAUGAAAGCCCCUUCCUGUGAAAGAGGAAGGGGCAGAAGAAGGCAGGGAAAAAUGGAUUUCAGUUACAAAAAGCAAGCCUUUUUUUUUUCCUUUUUGUAAAAAAAAAUAAAAAUAGACAAUACAAACAUCAAACUCUUUGGCUUUAAGUAAAACAGAAAGAAAAAAAAUCCAAAAAGUACCCACAAAACCAAGUAAAGGAAGCUUACCUGUAAACUACCUUGCUAGUUAGCCAAGAAAUACCAUUUUCACCUCUGCUCCAAAGGAAAUCCAAAAACAGAAAAAAAAAUCAAACUUUUUUCCUCUGCCAAAGUUUCUUUCUUCCUCCCCCCCCAUUUUCUUCCUUCGACUGACUUCUUCCUCUUUUUCCUCAUUACGGAGGCUUUAUUUAUUAGGUUUUUGUGAACGGAGGAGUGUCGCAUCUUUCUGCAACUGUCUACCCGCAGCUUGGCAGCGACUGCCGUGCCACGGCUGGGGGCACUUCUACUCCUUUGUGUUCCUGGAGGGGGGAGGGUAAGGGGGCGGACCUCAUAGCACGUGGACCUUGGCCUGUUCCUCUGUCACCCUGGAGGAGGACAGACGUGCGACUGUGGGGUUCGCAGACAUUUUCGUAGAAUAAAGCAAAAAACAAAACCAA